AUGAUGCCUGGAGAGACGUACUCUGAUUUUGCAGUUGCAUUGCGAGAUGUGGUCGGUCGUAAUAAAGUCAGUGAACGUGUUAUAUUAGCGCAGUUUUACAGGAACCUAGAUAAGACUACGAAGAAGUUGGUGAAGCAGCGACCGAAGCCUAAAACCUUGGAAGAGGCCGUGGAUAAAGCCAAUGAAAUUGAUGACCCUAUGGACAACGUAGCUCAAGGCAUGCAGAACAUCGGACAGCCGUGGGCCACAGCCCCAAGUCCUUACCUAGUACCAGUUGAUGGCACGACAGGCCAGACGUUAGUGAUUCCGGGUAUCGGUGGAAGUGGAUUGCCAACGGAGUUAAAGAUGGCGAGUGCAGGUGGUGCAACAGCCGCGGAAGCAGAGCACGGAACUUUAGCUCUCUUUACGAACCCGCAGGGCGUGUGGAACGAGUACUCAGGCACGUGGGAUGUGCCAGCGGGCCGCGUAUGGAACGGCAAGUUCUGGUAUGAGCCACGGAAGGCCAGACGAAAACGCUCUACCGAAAACGCAGUCAGAAGUCGACGGGAAGACAUGAAGAGGCCAGUGAAAGCCCAGAAGACGAGGGUGGAGUCCCCGAUAUCGAGCAGCGACGAGUCCGACGUGAAACCACAGCGUAAAAAACAGAAAUCCGCUGUACAACAAGUGGCAGAACCUCGUCAGGAACAACGAAGUGGCGGUAGUCAACCACCAGGAAGAUCGAGAGCAGCGCAGGACAUGCAGGCAUGCUGGAAGUGCGGCAAGAAUGGACACUGGGCGGCACAAUGCCCGACUGGACCUAAAUGCUACGCGUGUAAUCAGUAUGGGCAAAUGGUCAAGGACUGUACAGACGCUGACGCGAAGGCCAAGAACGAACUGAACCUGCGAAAGCGAAAGACCGAAGUCAAGGUGUCGGGAACGCAAAAACCGGCGCAGUAG